UCACUCUUGUUGCAACCGCCAACAUGCCCGUCGUCAAAGGAGGAGUCUGGACCAACAUCGAGGAUGAGAUUCUGAAGGCCGCCGUGUCCAAGUAUGGACUCCAACAGUGGGCCCGAGUGUCUUCGCUGCUUGCGCGCAAAACUCCAAAGCAGUGCAAGGCAAGAUGGUCGGAAUGGCUGGACCCAGGCAUCCGAAAGAUCGAAUGGACCAAGGACGAGGACGAGAAGCUUCUGCACCUGGCCAAGUUGAUGCCCACCCAAUGGCGCACCAUCGCUCCCAUUGUCGGAAGAACUGCCACACAAUGUCUGGAGCGCUACCAAAAGCUGCUCGACGAUGCAGAGUCGCGCGAAAGCGAUGACUUUGGUCUUGGAGGUCCUACUGGAGGCGAAGCUGCUGCCCCAUCAGCCGAAGAUGUGCGCAAACUUCGUCCUGGAGAGAUGGACCCCGACCCGGAGAGCAAGCCUGCCCGCCCCGACACCAUCGACAUGGACGAGGAUGAGAAGGAAAUGCUGAGCGAGGCUCGUGCCCGUCUGGCAAACACCCAGGGAAAGAAGGCAAAGAGAAAGGCAAGAGAGAGACAACUUGAAGAGUCAAGACGUUUGGCUGUCUUGCAGAAGAGACGAGAGCUGAAGAAUGCUGGCAUCAACAUCAAGGUCGUCACAAAGAAGAAGGGUCAGAUGGAUUACAACGCCGAUAUCCCCUUCGAAAAGGCUCCCGCUCCUGGCUUCUACGAUACUGGAGAGGAAAUCACUACGAACGAACGCGAGCGUGACGCCUUCGACCCCCGCAAGCAGCAGCUGCAGCGCAAGCGACAAGGCGAUCAGGAUGACAACCCCGAGGACCGCAAGCGUCAGAAAAAUGACAAGGGUGGAAACCAAGCUGCUUUCGCUGCCGCUGCAAAGGCUGGACGUGAGCAAAAGCUUCGUGAGGCCGAGCGCAGCAGUAGACGCCGUGGUCUUGUUUUGCCUUCUCCCCAAGUCAGCGAGGGAGAGCUGGAUGACAUUGUCAAGAUGGGCAUGGUCGGUGAACGCGCAAACCUACAAGCCGGUCAAAGCGACAACGAAGCGACCCGUGCUCUGAUUGGCAACUACUCAGACGUCGUUGGCUCAACACCUCUCCGCACACCUCGAGCCCCCCAAGAAGAAGAUCGUAUCGCCAACGAGAUUCGUAACGCUAGAGCAAGAACAGAAACACAGUCUGCCUUGUUGGGUGGAGACAACAAUGAGCUCUACGAAGGCGAUGCUACGACCGGCUUUGGAGGUGUCGCCCCGAGCAAGCAGGCCACUGCUACACCAAACCCCAUGGCCACCCCUUUCCGUCAAAACGGCAUUGCUGCAACACCGCGUGGUCCCGGUGCUACUCCCCUCCGCACACCUCGCGAUACAUACGGACUAAACACCGGCGACGGUAUGCAAAUGAUCGCACAAACACCACGAGACCUUCGCCUACAACAGAACGCUCUACGUAACGAUAUCAAGAGCAAGUUGUCCGCCCUUCCCAAACCAAAAGAGAUGGAUUUUGAACUUGAAUUGCCUGAAGAACAACAAGAAAUUGCUCCUGAGAUCGAGAUGAGUGAGGAAGAUGCUGCACGUCGGGAUGCUAGAAACCAGGCGGCGCAGGAAGCACUUGCGAGAGCAGAGUUCAAGCGCCAAUCACAAGUCAUCCAACGAGGUCUACCACGACCGAGCGUGGUUGAUGUGGAUGCCAUGUUGAAAAAUGCCGCAGACGAUGAGGACCCCAUCAAGAGCAGUAUCAAUCGCGAGAUGACAUUGCUAAUUGCAAACGAUGCUCUCAAGUUUGGCAGCGCCAAAGUCAGAGGCACACAUAAACCUACAACAACGUUUUCAGAUGAGCAAGUCCAACGAGCUCGUCUUGACAUUGCCCUGGAAAUGGGUAAGGAUGAGAGAGGCCGCGCUUUGUUAGCAGAAGGCUUCGGACAGGCUUGGGAGAAGGCCCACGAGCGUGGCAUGCUUCCUGGUCUUGCCGGUUAUGCAGAAGAUGAGGUCGACGAGCAUCAACUGAUGACCGAAGCUUUCGACGGCAACACAUUAGAACAGAAACUCGUCAAGCAUCACACAGGUUAUAUGAUCCGAUCAAAAACUCUGCGGCAGAAGAUCAAUGAGGCGGCAGACUUUUUGGCAAAGACAAGUAUUGAUGUCGAUCUCAAGAGGAUUGCAGCCGCUGCCGAAGAGGCGGGCUUGAAUGAGAGGUUGGAUAAGAUUCGUGAGGAAGUGAAUGUCGUUGCGAGAAGGGAGAGAGAAGCACAAGGCACGUUCAGAGAAAGGAAAGAGGAGCUAAAUUUGUUAGCGACAGCC